AAUGAGAGACAUUUAUGCUUCUAUUUGUGAUAUGACUCAUCAUUCUAUUUCUUGUACGUAACUUAAGCUCUGCAGAUGUCGGGGUAAAGGAAACAGGAACUAAAUUAAAAAAUAAGCAGAUUCUUAAGCAUGCAGUCAUCCUUUUAUCCAUUUCUUUUUUUGAUUACGUUCACCAGAGGAAGGAAGUUAAAGGACGAUAACUGAGGAGCAGUGUUGUCUGUGUGUGCCCAUUACUCAGAGGCUGCUGGAAAAGAGAACACAAAAAAAUCAAUCAGGUGAAAUCUUUCUGAGGACACCCUGAAGUCACACACACACCUCUUCUGUGUAUGAUUUAGAAAAAUGAAAAUGGAACUGUCAAGUAGCUCUGCAUUGACAGAUUGGCAAUGCAGGCAAAAACUAGAAAAUGUUCAAUUCAGGAAGGACUUCAGGCAAUAGAAGGAGUUAAGCUGCCACUAAGACAUGUUUGUAAUUAAAGCUUGUAGUAACAUGCACUCUCUCUACAAAAAACAUAACCUAAAAAUACAGAGUCUGCUGGUUGAGCAGCGCAGAACUGUAAAUCAUAAGUGUGAAACCUCAGUCCCCGCUUUGUGAUGCUAAUGAAGCCAAGUAAACUGCCACUGACUAUAGUUUUGAAAAAAAAAACAAAAGAAAAAAAAGGUAUUUGGAUUCGAAAACUACUUUGGAUAAAAAUGCAAAUGUAAAUGUACAAACUUGCCUUUAGUAUGCGUGUAAGGGUUUUGCUGAUUUUAGCACUUCUUUGUGCUUUAGUAUGCAGAACCAUUAUAUUACGAAACAGGGUCAGGAGACAUGACAGCACAAAUCUGAGUGUAACUCCUUUGUUAUAUCCUAGAGGUGUGUGGGCAAAGUGGGUGUAACCACAAAGCGUGACGUAACCUAGCUGAAACAGUCUCCUCGAGCACUGCAGCAUGUGUAUCAAGCCACACGGAAAUAAGACUGGCCUUAAAAAAAGCAAACAAAAAAAUACUGUAAAACAGUCGUGGUGUUGACCUUCAGACCUGCUGGCCAUGGUGGAAGUGCUUCUGGAGAAACAGCUCAAACAAAGGCAGACAUCUGCAAAGACACAGGCUAAGCUUUUCUUUAUUGCUGUAUGUUUACUCUCACUGAAGUAGCUUCACUUAAUGAUGUGCAACCAACAUAUCGUAUUUUAAAACCAUGGUGGGAUGUUUUUAUGGACUAUUUGGCUAUUGUCAUGCUAAUGGUGGCAAUAUUUGCAGGCACCAUGCAACUGACCAGAGAUCAAGUUGUCUGCCUUCCCGUUUUACAAUCUGGGGAGGAAUCAAAAACACAAAAUCUUUACUCAGCACCUUCAUCCCUGGCAAAGUCUGACCCUCCAGAACAUAAGAGCCAAUAUACAGAAGUAACAUUACGAACUGGAUCUCUUGCUGCCAGUGAAAUUUCUGACAGUGAACCUCAUAAAUUUCAGUUCAGCAGGUCUUCUAACCCUGCAGUAAAAAAGUUAGCUGAUCAGCCAGAGCCAUUAGGACUUAAAACCAAUUUAGACUUUCAACAGUAUGUUUUUGUUAAUCAAAUGUGCUACCAUGUAGCACUGCCAUGGUACUCAAAAUAUUUCCCAUACUUGGCUCUUAUUCAUACUAUUAUACUCAUGGUAAGUAGCAAUUUUUGGUUUAAAUAUCCAAAGACUAGUUCAAAAAUUGAGCACUUUGUUUCAAUUCUGGGAAAGUGUUUUGAAUCUCCUUGGACUACAAAAGCAUUAUCUGAAACAGCUUGUGAAGAUUCAGAGGAGAAUAAACAAAGACUAACGGGUGCGGCAUCUCUACCGAUGCAUGUGUCAACCAGUAGCGAUGAAGGAAGUCCAAGUACAACGACUCCUAUGCUAGCAAAAACAGGAGUAAAAUUUUCUGCAGAAAGACCCGUCAUUGAAGUCCCUAGCAUGACAAUAUUGGACAAAAAGGAUGGUGAGCAGGCAAAAGCCCUUUUUGAAAAGGUGAGGAAAUUUCGCACUCAUGUUGAGGACAGUGAUUUAAUAUACAAACUCUAUGUAGUUCAGACGGUGAUAAAAACAGUUAAAUUUAUUUUGAUAUUGUGCUACACUUUUAUUGUGGCUGCAAUCCACUUUGACCAUACCUGUAAGCCCAAUGUGGAGCAUCUAACUGGAUAUGCCACUUUUGUGUGCACUCACAAUAUGGCAUUCAUGUUGAAAAAGCUGCUUGUAAGCUACAUUGCACUUAUUUGCGUGUAUGGUGUUGUAUGUCUUUAUACACUUUUUUGGCUGUUCAGACGACCUUUAAAGGAAUAUUCUUUUGAAAAAGUAAGAGAAGAAAGCAGCUUCAGUGAUAUCCCAGAUGUAAAGAAUGACUUUGCUUUCCUUUUGCAUAUGGUGGACCAAUAUGAUCAAUUAUAUUCCAAACGUUUUGGAGUGUUUCUGUCUGAAGUAAGUGAAAACAAGCUUCGAGAAAUUAGCUUGAACCAUGAGUGGACUUACGAGAAGCUAAAGCAACAUGUUACAAGAAACGCACAAGAUAAGCUGGAACUCCAUUUAUUCAUGCUCUCCGGUGUCCCCAAUGCUGUGUUUAAUCACACAGACCUGGAUAUUUUGAAACUUGAACUAAUUCCUGAAGCCAGGCUUCCUGCCAAAAUAUCUCAAAUGAUUAAUCUUCAGGAACUGCACCUUUACCACUGUCCUGCCAAAGUGGAACAGACAGCUUUCAGCUUUCUUCGUGAUCACCUACGGUGCCUUCAUGUUAAGUUUACAGAUGUUGCUGAAAUUCCAACAUGGGUUUAUUUGUUGAAAAAUUUAAGAGAUUUGUACUUAGUAGGUAAUCUAAAUUCUGAGAACAAUAAAAUGAUUGCUUUAGAAUCUUUGAGAGAUCUGAGAAACCUAAAAGCCCUGCAUCUUAAAAGCAACCUUACAAAGAUUCCAACAAACAUUACAGAUUUGGCUCCGCAUUUAACCAAACUAGUUGUUCACAAUGAUGGAAGCAAACUUGUAGUGCUUAACAGCCUGAAGAAGAUGAUGAAUCUAGCGGAAUUAGAGUUGCACAACUGUGAGCUUGAGAGAAUUCCUCAUGCUAUUUUUAGCUUGACCAAUUUGCAGGAGCUGGACCUGAAAUCAAAUAACAUCCGCACGAUUGAAGAAGUCAUCAGUUUUCAGCAUCUCAAGAGACUGACCUGCCUCAAAUUAUGGCAUAACAAAAUCAUUAGCAUUCCUUUAUCAAUAAGCCAUGUCAAAAACCUUGAAUGGCUUUAUCUGUCUAAUAACAAGCUAGAAUCUUUGCCAGUAUCACUGUUUAACCUGCCAAAACUCAGAUAUUUGGAUCUAAGUUACAAUUCCAUUGUAGUUAUCCCAACAGAAAUUGGCUUUUUGCAAAACCUGCAAUAUUUUGCAAUUACUGGAAAUAAAGUGGAAGUUUUACCUAAGCAACUCUUUAAGUGUGCAAAACUAAGGACUUUAUGUCUAGGUCAGAACUGUAUCUCUUCAAUCCCAGAAAAAAUAGGCCUCUUACAACAACUUGCACACUUAGAAUUAAAAGGAAACUGCCUAGACCGGCUUCCACUGCAGCUAAGCCAGUGUCGUUUGCUUAAAAGGAAUGGACUCAUUGUUGAAGAUCAUCUUUUUGAUACAUUGCCACUAGACAUCAAAGAAAUAAUAAAUCAAGAGUCUGCUGCCUCAUUUGCAAAUGGUGUCUAGGUGUAAAGGUAUAUAAGCAUUAACUGUAUUAAAAUCUGAGCUCUUUUAGCCAGGAAAGCCUUUAAUAUUCAGAACAAUAAGUAUACUCACAUGAUCAGUUCAUAUUGGGUAGUAUUCCUGCAACAACACUCUGCUGGAAGAGAAGAAUGAUACAGUUUCUGAUGUGGACAUU